GUUCGCGGCAGGAAGUAUAAUUCCCCGCCGUGCCUGAAAUGGAGUCUUUUGCAUGACAAUUGUAAGUUAUUAACUGCAGUGCAUCAAUAAGAACAAAGACUUGGUGUUAUUUAUAUUCUGUGCGGUUGUGAUGUUUCAUUAGUCCACGAGUGCAAUUAAUAUCACUUCAGUACUAAGCUGUUUCCUCAUUGCGGAGAUAUCUGUUCCGUGACUGCAAUGUUGUUAAACAACAUGGGCGAAGCACACAGGCCGCUGAAGUAGACACUGCACAGUAGCAUAGCUGUUCAAGUCUGUUCACUGACAUUUGUAACAUCUCAGCUUUCAUUCAAGCUUUUUAAUGUUAUUAUGAAAAGAAGUGAUACAACUAUCACAAUUGAGUAUCUGGAGAGACGGUAUUGAUGUGGAUAUCCUGUCUCUCCUCUGGGACUGACACUCUGAGUGCUGCUUUGUUAGAUCAUCUGCAUGCACAUGUUAGAGAGGGAGACACUCUCGACGUAUCACCCGACAAAGAAUCAACAAACUGUCCGCUAUGCUAGACCCUUACUCAGCCCAUGUGCUGUGGAUUGUCAUUGUUAGUUUCGCAGUGGGAUUCAUCUUGGCUUUUGGUAUUGGAGCCAACAGUGUCCCUAACUCGUUUGCUACUUCCAUUGGAUCGAAAGUGCUUACCGUCAGGCAGGCAUGCUGCUUAGGAACUGUGUUUGAGAUUGCAGGAUCCAUGCUGCUAGGGUACAAGGUGUCAGGCACAGUCCGAAAGGGCAUCUUGCAGGUGGAUCUUUACGAAGGAGCAGAGUUGGAGCUGAUGUUGGGAAUGUUUGCAGUUUUGAUUGCCAGCUCUGUGAUGUUGCUUGGUGCAACAUUCCUGAAGCUUCCUGUGUCUGCCACUCACAGUAUCGUUGGUGCUACUGUUGGUUUCUCUCUUGUUUGCCGUGGCAAUAGAGGCCUCAAUUGGCGUGUCCUUGGAAUGGUUGUUGGAUCUUGGUUCCUGUCCCCAGUUUUGUCCGGUGUGAUAUCAUUGUUAAUGUUUAUGCUGAUCCGAUGCUUCAUCCUCAACACAUCCAAUCCCAUAGCACGAGGACUGCUGUGUCUGCCCAUCUCUUAUGGCAUCACCAUCUUCAUCAAUGUGUUCUCUGUUGUCCACGGUGGUCCAUCAUUACUGUAUUUUGAUCGAAUUCCGUGGUGGGGAACGCUGCUCAUCAGCGUGUUCACUGGAGCAGUGGCCAUGCUCAUUGUACAGUUCUUUUUAGUGCCAUUCAUGAGAAGGAAGAUUCGUUGCAGAUCAGACCCACCAUCAGGUGGCACUGUGCUCGAUGACUUGAGGAACACUAAUACUUUCUGCACAGAAGCAAAUGACAUGGGAAAAGAAACACUGACACAGCCCAAUGGCCAGACGGAACAGUUGACUGGCAGUUCCGGUGGCUCACAUUCAAGGAACGGGUCAACCAAGAGUAAUCAGGAGGCUAUACAUCCAGGGGAUGUGACAUCGCUUGGACAUGACAACCCAGUAUUCAGCCUCUCCUCCGAUAACAGCACAGAACAGCCACCCUCCGAGUGCAGAGAUGACCCUAAGAACAAUCAACAACCAAAGCAAGAGGCUCCACCUGAGUUGUUCUCCUUCCUGCAAAUUCUUGCUGCCACAUUUGCUUCAUUCGCUCGUGGUGGUAAUGAUGUCAGCAACGCCAUUGGUCCAGUGAUAGCAAUAUGGUUGAUAUACACAGAAGGAUCUGUGCACCAGAAUUCAGAGACACCCCUCUACCUUCUGUUCUACGGAGGUGUUGGUAUGUCUGUUGGACUGUGUGUGUGGGGCCAGAGAGUCAUGAAGACCAUAGGGGAGGACCUUACGGAGAUUGCAGCUUCCACAGGGUUCACUAUAGAGAUAGGUGCCGCAUUCACAGUCUUGUUGGCUUCUAAGAUUGGCCUGCCAAUAAGCACGACACACUGCAAAGUUGGAUCCAUUGUAUUUGUGGGCUGGGCCAGCUCAACAAAGCAAGGCGUUGACUGGAAGCUCUUCAGGAAUAUUGUUGCUGCAUGGUUGGUAACAGUUCCAAUAUCUGGUCUACUUAGUGCUGCAGCAGUGGCAAUACUGAAAGAGACUGCACUAUGAAAGGCCAGUGGGUAUGGAGGUCCACCUCCAUGCAUUCUAAGCCCUGGCACAGGCUGUAUGACAAUGUCUGCUUUGGUCAUUAACCAUGGGAAGGAGAUCCCAGUACCUAGUGGCUGGAUGGACCUCAGAUGUCUCAUGAAACUGGUGGCAGUUGAGGAUCCCAAAUUGAGCCCCAGCUGUCCAUCCUGUAGAUGAGAUGGAUUGCUCAUCCAGAAAUGUGGAUGGGAUAUCCUGAAAGCAGUUACUGUUCGUAGUGUUACAUAUUCCGAGGUUCCCCAAAAUACCAUAUGAAAUAAGUGCAUCUUACCAGUCGAAAUAGGUAUAUUAUAUUAUUUGUCUACUGCUUA